UUUGACAAAUGUCAGGUGGACAAUUAUGGUGCUCACCACAAUAAAAGAUGGUGGAUUUUAUUUAUUAUGACUUUUAAAAUUGUAAAUUUGUUGUUUUCCAUUUAAUAAAAAGCUCUCAUUUUAUCGUUAGUGAAUCCAGUGCAAGUUACCGAUCGAUUAAACGAAUUAUCUUGCUCGCACCAAAGCCAAAAUUGCUCCUCAAUUUCCGGAUGAAACGUCAUCACCAGUUCAAAAAUCGAGCUAAUUAAUCUGUUUUCGCGAUUUUAAGGUGCUUUAUGGCCGGAUUAGAUAAGAUCGAACGACGUUGUUGUUGUUGUUGUUAUGUGAAAGUCAUGUAAAAUUAAAAGUUUUUAAGAAAUUUCUAGUCGAAUAAGAAAAUGGAACAAGCAAUUCAGCCAGUCGGAUCUGGACCGUUUUUUCAUCAAAUUUGCGUUACGGUGGAAACUGCUCAUAUCCGUUCAACUUCUUCCUUCAUAAAACCCAGCCCGUACGUCGAAAUAACGAUAGACGGACAAACGCCGCGCAAAACCGAAACCGUGAAAAACACCACACAACCAAAAUGGAACGAAACCUUCAACCUACUGGUAACGCCCCAAUCGAAAAUCCACUUUGCCGUCUUGGACCGCAACAGUUUCCGCAAAGACACAGUUGUCGGCGAAAAAACUGUGGAACUAGUUCAAUUACUGGCCCAUUCCGAAGGCCGAGAAUGUUUAGAUGUCACUUUAGACUUGAUGAACGUCAAACAAUCAGAUUCACCUGUCAAAGCAGGAGAAUUAAUGUGUUUAAUCAAAGGCUUGCGAAUUGAAACCGGAAACAACAGGAGGAGGGAAGUUUUAGCUAGACGCUCCAGCCAAAACUCCAUUGGUUCGGCUUCGCAGGCUGUCGCUCAUACAGUGCUCAACGGUAUUCGCAUCAAACCCAGGACGCAAGGCACCGAAAAUGCCGCACCAGCUGGCAACGUUGCUGUUUCGGAACGGCCUCGGGGGCUUCAACUGCCUCCUCCUCCGGCGUUGCCAGUUACGCCGAUUGGUAGUGGGAGUGCUGUCAAUUUUCAACCGGGUCCUGUACAAACGUCACCUGCCAAUCAUACUUUGCAAAAUGGAAACUCGGCGGAUAUUAUCGGUCCGCCCGCUUCGGUACCAAACGGUUCCGUCGCCCAACAAGACGAACAAAGACAAGACGAACCCUUACCGCCCGGUUGGGAAAUGCGCUUUGACACGUACGGCAGACGUUAUUACGUGGACCACAAUACAAGAUCCACAUCGUGGGAAAGACCUCAACCUUUACCGCAAGGUUGGGAGAUGCGCCGGGACCCGCGAGGCCGCGUCUACUACGUCGAUCACAAUACCAGAACAACGACGUGGCAACGUCCGAAUUUGGAGAGGUUGCAACAUUUCCAACAGUGGCAGGGACAAAGACAGAAUGUCGUGCAACAAGGAAAUCAGAGAUUUUUGUAUCCGCAAUAUCAGGCGGGUCCGGCGCCGGGGCCUUCCGUACCGGCACCACCUACUGAAGAAGAUGAGGCUUUAGGGCCUUUGCCAUCGGGCUGGGAACGAAGGGUGCAACCCGAGGGACGAGUUUAUUUCGUCAAUCAUAAGAAUCGAACGACUCAGUGGGAAGAUCCUAGGACUCAAGGACAAGAAAUCGGCGACAUCGACGAGCUACCAUUGCCUCCCGGUUGGGAAAUCCGCUACACCGAAGACAAUAAAAGAUAUUUCGUGGAUCACAACACCAAAACCACCACAUUUGAUGAUCCAAGACCAGGUGCCCCAAAAGGUCCCAAAGGAGCUUAUGGAGUCCCGCGUGCCUACGAGCGCUCCUUCAAAUGGAAAAUCAGCCAGUUUAGGUUUUUGUGCCAGAGCAACGCUUUGCCCAGUCACAUCAAAAUCCAAGUCUCGCGUCAAACUUUGUUUGAAGACUCGUUUCACACCAUUAUGCGACUGCCUGCCUACGAGCUGCGCCGCAGGCUCUACAUAAUGUUCAAAGGCGAAGAAGGCUUAGAUUAUGGGGGCGUGAGCCGCGAAUGGUUCUUUUUGGUGUCGCACGAAGCUUUAAAUCCCAUGUAUUGCCUAUUUGAGUAUGCAAACAAAAAUAAUUAUAGUUUGCAAAUUAAUCCAGCCUCUUACGUCAAUCCUGAACAUUUGACGUACUUCAAAUUUAUUGGCAGGUUUAUUGCCAUGGCCUUGUAUCACGGCCGGUUUAUCUAUUCCGGAUUCACUAUGCCGUUUUACAAGAGGAUGUUGGGCAAGAAGUUGAUAAUGAAAGAUAUUGAAAGUAUCGACCCGGAGUUUUAUAAUUCACUGGUUUGGAUCAAGGAAAAUAACAUUGACGAGUGCGGACUGGAGUUGUUCUUCAGUGUCGAUUUUGAGGUCCUUGGCCAAGUGGUCCAUCACGAACUACAAAAAGGCGGCGACGCCGAACGAGUGACCGAAGAGAACAAAGAAGAGUACCUUACAUUGAUGACCAAUUGGCGUAUGACACGCGGUAUUGAGCAACAAACCCAAGCCUUCUUAGAUGGUUUCAACGAGGUCGUACCGAUAGAGUGGCUCAAAUAUUUCGACGAACGAGAGUUGGAGCUGCUUUUAUGUGGCAUGCAGGAAAUCGACGUAGAAGACUGGCAACGGCACACAAUUUACAGGCAUUAUACCAGAAACAGUAAACCUGUAAUGUGGUUUUGGCAGUUUGUCAAACAAUCGGACAAUGAAAAACGCGCCAGGCUGCUACAGUUUGUUACAGGCACCUGUAGAGUGCCAGUAGGAGGUUUUGCGGAACUGAUGGGUUCCAAUGGGCCUCAACGGUUUUGUAUUGAAAAAGUAGGCAAAGAAUCUUGGUUGCCAAGGUCGCACACCUGUUUUAACCGGCUAGAUUUGCCGCCCUAUAAAAGUUACGACCAGCUAGUUGAAAAGUUAACCUACGCAAUCGAAGAGACUGACACUUUUGGGCAAGAGUAAACUACUGUUAAAUGUACCUGAUUUAAAAAAUUAAAGGGUUGGUUGAAAAUACUUUUAAAAUAGUUAGUUAUUCCCCUAUAAUAUAUUGUUAAUAAAGAGAUUUUUAGGCUAUUUUGUUUGAGGUUAUGUAUGCUGUACUGAACUAUUUUGUGUCAAACUUGUCAGAUUAUUGGCUUAAAAUCUCUCACAAAUAAUCACUGUCAAAUUUUAUUCGUUGACAUUCCUUUGUCGCUGCCCGUGUGAUUGUUCAAAUAUAUGUAAAUAGUUUUUUGCAUUCCAAAACUUUCUAUUUUUUAAACCAAAGUUUUAACAAUUUAUUAGCUGCUGACGUCACCCACACAUAACCUAACAAUGACAUUUUUUUGUCCCCCUAUCGAAAGUCAAAUGUGUGACGUCAGCUUGAGUUAUGUAUAUUAUGAAUGAAAAUUAUUCGAUGUAUAAUGUAGAAAAUAUUGUAAAUCUUAAACAACUGGUUACUAGAGAGACUUAUGUAAAUAUUCAACAAUGUGUAUAUAUAAAGAAAGUAAAGAAUAAAUAAAUAAAUAUACAAAUUAUUUAUCAGUAAAAAUGUGUUUUAUUUUUCACAGUUGUAACAUUGUAUCUUAUGUGUUAUAGUAGGCCAUAUUGUGGUUGGCAACACUGGAAGUUACUUGACAUUUAUUUAUAUCGUUUAGCACAAGUGCGAUGUUUACAAAACCAACAUUGCAACUCCUUCAAAAUAUAAACAUUACAAUUAUCCCCAUUAGUAAAAUAGUUUUGUUCUUCUUUGCCCUCAAUCACUGGCGAAUCAGAAAAUCCUUGCACAUACAUGGAAAUCCAAAGUUUAUUUUGAACAUUAUUGUAGUUUCUAAAAAAAAAUUAAUUCAAUUGUCGACAUCCAUCAACUGUCAAAAAUUACCUGAGAUAAUCAAAAACCUCCAUUACUUGAUUGCUAGAAUAAAACCCUCUCCAAGUCAGCACCCUUACUUGUCCCAUUUCAACGUUGGGUUCGGGACUUUCAUAUGUGUUAACGUAAUUUUCCAUGUUGCCACUAAAAUCUGCGUCCAAAGACACCAUGCCUAGCCAUUCUACAAAGUCAAUAAUGUCGUCUUGGUUGGCAACACUGUCAAGAGUAGGCCCUUUGACAGAAUACACCAUGUGACUGUCAAAAGUAGGCUCACAAAGUUUUAUGUCGUAAUUUUGAAAAUAUUUCGCAACAGAGGAAGGGCAUAUGAUAUCAUCAUAGGGUUGCCAUGACAAUAUGACAUCGAAUUUUCCAAGGGCUUCAAGGGAUUUUUGAGUUUUUCCAUGCAAAGGUUUUCCAGGUUUGAGCUCGGCAAGGUUAACAGU